AUGUCAGGCUGGGCUAACGGACCUACUCUGAUUGAAGAAGUCAGAAUUCGAAUCAUCGAUCUCGAUGCUCAGAUCCCUAUCAAGAAAGGAUGGCAAGGGUGUAUAUCCGCUGUAUCACCUUUGAGGGAAAUCUUUCAAAGAUGGGUUGAUAAGGUGCAUUCAGGAAGUGAUUAUAUAUGGUAUUAUUUUACACUUUCUUCUCCUAAUGGACAUACUCUUUCAGGAGAAGAGUCUUGUAGAGAUCUUGAUUCACACACGCUUACUACCAUCUACGCUAAAAGAUUGAUCAAAUGA